UUUGUCAUUCGCAUCAGUUCAACCGCGCACACGGCAGCACGUACGCAGAGAGACAGAGAAGCUCAAGUGCUUGGUUUUCUGGCAUAAGCGAAAGGAUGAAGAAGGAGGACAUGGUGAAGCUGAUCAGCUCCGAGGGCUUCGAGUUCGUGAUCGACAAGGACGCCGCAAUGGUUUCCCAGACCAUCUACAACAUGCUCACCUCCCCAGGGAGCUUCUCGGAAACGCAGCAUGGAGAGGUGACUUUCCCUGAGAUCAGCACAACCAUUUUAGAGAAGAUCUGCAAGUAUUUCUAUUGGCAUCUUCAAUUCGCCAGCGGAAAGGAGACUGAGUUUCACAUUGAACCUGAAUUGACUCUGGAGCUGUUGAUGGCUGCCAAUUAUCUUCAUACUUGAAUGAUCACCUCUUUGCCUUUUGGGUGGCAAAUCCUGCUUAACGUUUGAUAUGAUCCAAUAAGGAAGCUCAAGGAAGACAUUAUUGCCCAAGAAGGUUUAAAAACUAUAUUGAAUUGUGUAUGUGGCAUGUAGCGGGACUCGCUCUUCACUGCAAUGUACUAAUGUAGUAUAAAAGAUUUAAGUGAUAUGUGAUUGUUACACUUAGAAACAGCUGUAGAAAAAUUCAGUCAAGUGCUAAUUGGAUGAUGUAAAGUUGCUAUUGUAGACUAACUAACUAGAAUGGCAUGUCUUAAUAAGCAAGACAUGGUUAAAUGAUAUGGUUUUUGUGAA